AUGUCCACUUUGCGCAGGUCAGGACUACAGAAAGAUGUCCUAAGCAUAUACAGACGUGCGUUGCGUAUGGUCAAAAUGAAACCGCCUUCCACCCAAAACAAGUUUUCCCUUUACAUUCGAUAUACUUUUCGAUCAAACGCAUCAAGUGUGUCUCCGAGGGAUGUUAGUGCUAUUGAGCAUUUGAUGAGAAAAGGAAAGAGGCAAUUAGAGAUGUAUGAACAUCCUUCAGUGAAAGAUUGUUGGGUGUCAGAAGAAAUGCGGAACUGGGAAAAGCACCAAGCAUCAAAGCACAAGUCCGACCCGCAAUUUGAAGUCAAUUAG